AUGGCGCUCAGCAUGGAAUCCCGUCGAAGGUACGACGAGGAUAACCGCAAGCGUGGCCGGCGGAGAGAGGAGGAGGACCGUCGCAGACGCAACGACCGCCGGGACAGUGGGGAAGAGAUGGACAAUGUUGAAAAAUUAGAGCGCAAGAGAGGUCUACUAAAUCACAAUGGACGCAGGGAACCCCGUCUAAGGUACGCCGACGAGCGAGACCGAAGGCGAGCCGAUGAAGAUAAUGUGAAGAGAGUUGUCUUGCAGCUCAAGAAAGCUUAUAAAAGGAAUGACAAGCCUCAAUUGCUAGCUUCUGUUAAAUUUGUUGCUGAUUUGGUGAAUCAGCAAGUGGCUCAUGAGACCAUUGCUCUAGAAUUGCUUACCGUGUUGCUCGAGAAGCCUACUGAUGAGGCUGUUGAAGUAGCCGUUGGCUUUGUCAAGGAAUACGGUUCGAUACUGCAGGGUCUCUCGCCUAAAGGCCUUCAUGGUAUCUUUGAGCGUUUUCGCGGAAUUCUUCGUGAAGGAGAGAUUGGCAAACGCGGCCAAUUUCUCAUUGAAGGCUUAUUUGCAAUAAGGAAAGCUAAGUUCCAAGGCUAUCCGGCGGUUCAAUCUGAACUAGACGUUGUGGACAUAGAUCCAGAAAUUUCCCUUGAUGUAUUCAAAGCUGAUCCCAAUUAUCUAGAGAAUGAGAAGCGUUAUCAAGAGUUAAAGAAUUCAAUUCUGGGUGAGGAGGAAGGAUCUGAGGAUGAGGAAGGCUCUAAUGCUGAUGAAGAUGAUGAAUCAGAGGUCAUAGAUCCAGAAACUUCCCUUGAUAUAUUCAAAGCUGAUCCCAAUUAUCUAGAGAACGAGAAGCGUUAUCAAGAGUUAAAGAAAACAGUUCUGGGUGAGGAAGAAGGAUCUAAUGCUGAUGAAGAUGAUGAAUCAGGUGAAGAAAGUAUGCAAAUUAAAGAUGAAACGGAGACGAAUCUGGUCGAUCUACGCAGGACAAUUUAUUUAACAAUAAUGUCUAGUGUGAAUUUAGAUGGAGCUGGUCAUAAGCUCCUUAAAAUCCAUCUAGAGUCUGGUCAAGAGAUGGAAUUGUGCAUCAUGCUUUUGGAAUGUUGCAGCCAAGAGAGAAUUUACCUACACAAUUAUGGUCUUCUUGGGCAGCGUUUAUGUAUGAUCAGCAAAGUGCAUCAAGAAAAUUUUGAGAAGUGCUUUGUGCAGCAGUACUCAAUGACUCAUCGACUUGAAACAAAUAAACUGCGAAAUGUGGCCAAGUUUUUUGCUCAUUUGCUUGGCACAGAUACUCUACCUUGGCAUGUGUUAUCCUAUAUUCGCUUGACUGAAGAAGACACAACUUCUUCGUCGCGUAUAUUUAUCAAGAUACUCUUUCAGGAAUUAUCAGAGCAUCUUGGCAUCAAGGUGCUAAAUGAAAGGUUGAAUGAGCCAACAAUGCAGGACUCUUUUGAAUCCAUAUUUCCUAAAGAUAACCUGAAAAACACAAGAUUCUGCAUUAACUUCUUCACAUCAAUUGGGCUUGGUGGUCUUACUGAGAACCUCCGUGAGUAUUUGAAUAAUAUGCCGCGCCUUAUCAAGCAGCAGAAGAAACAAGUUUCAGAUUCUGAAUCAGAGGAUGAGUCUGGGAGUUUUGAUUCAUCGGAUUCCAGAACAGAUAGUUCUGAGUCAGAGUCAGAAAGUGAUCGUGUGCAACAAAGAAAACGGAGGAGAAAGUAGAGAAUGUUUUUAGUCUUCAGGGCUCUUUCUGGAGUGUAGGUAUUCAAUUGCUUUCUUAGUAAGCUUAGUGAUUUUGAUGUCAUCAUAAGAAACAUUUGCACAGAACUAUGUUGAUUAAUGGCUUA